CGUAACUUUUUGUCUGUGACUACGCGUACAACCGAAUGCAACCAUAAACACUCGCCGGGAUGUUUCUAUGGUGUUGAUUUUAUGUCGGUAAAAGUUAAUUUCAUCCAAAUGUAUUGAUUUUAUUGGAAAUAAUUCAUCUAUAAUGGCAGUCAAAGAUCCCACUUCAAGCUCGUCCUCAGAUUCAACGAGUGGAUCGAGCUCAUCGCGUAGCUCGCGAUCGUCCAGUAGCUCAAGCUCAGGAUCCAGUUCUCGAUCGAGUUCGUCUUCUUCUUCGAGCAGUUCGUCCAGCGAUUCGUCUUCGGCAGCUCGCGCCAAGAGUAAAAGAAAACCGGCAACCUCGGCUAAUAAAAGUCGCAGCAAAUCGAAAUCAAGAUCUCGCAGCCGUAGCCGGAGUAAAAGUCGAUCAGUUGAUAGGAAACGUCGCGAUGCCGAUGACAAGAAAAAGAAAACCGAUGAUAAAUCUAGUUCUAAAGCUGGAACUAAACAUAGAUCACGAUCACCGUCGCCUAAACGUAAACGUAAAGAGAAAUCACCGUCUCCUAAACCUUCCCGAAUUCAUGUCGGAAGACUAACACGUAACGUGAACAGAGAACACUUACAGGAGAUAUUCGCUCAUUACGGUACGGUGAAAAAUGUAGAUUUUCCGAUGGAUCGAAUGCACAACCAAAACGGUCGUGGAUUCGCUUACGUAGAAUUCGCUACACCCGAAGAAGCUGAGAAUGCUAUGAAACAUAUGGAUGGAGGACAAGUUGACGGACAAGAAAUCACCUGCGCUCCUGUGUUACUUCCACUAGCGCGUAUGGUACGUAGAUCUCCGAUGCGAUUGCCGCCACAGAGAUGGGGAGGAGGUGAUCGUAGAAGAGGACCGCCGUCGCCCAGAUAUCGUAGACCUAGGAGUCCAAUGAGGCGUAGAUCGCCCCCUAGAUCAAAACGGCCUAGAUCUAGAUCGCCCAGAAAACGACGUUAUAGCAGAUCGUCGUCCAGCAGUUCUCGUUGAGUGAUUAGUCAAGCUACUUUUUUGGACUAAGUUGAAGUUUAAAGGUUAACUAUAUAUUCAGUGUGUAUAUAAUUGUGUAAAAGUAUGUUCGCCGAUGGAGUAUUUGAAAAUUGAUUUUUUUCCCAUUCUUCUUUAAUAAUGAUGUAAUUGAUUUUGAGCACGGUUUUUACGAUGUAAUAAAUAAUUAUGCUAAUUA